ACCCGAAGCCCCCCCAAAACCCGGGGCCCCCCCAAAACCCGGGGCCCCCCCCAAAACUUGGGGCCCCCCCCGGCUGAACCCCGCGGCGGCGCCUACAGGGAGGACAACCAGCGGCUCUUCGGAGAGUUCGUGGAGCUCUGUACCCGCCUGACAGAGGAACACCCUGAGGUCAUUCCUUUCCUUUCUGCUCGCCAUCAAAAAGCCAAUCCGGACUUUUUAUCCUCCGCCGAAUUCCGCAACAUUUUGAGCCGUUGCCUCGGCCGCGUCCGUUCUCAUCGUAACAAAGUCUACGUUUACAUCAAUGAGCUCUGUACGGUCCUCAAAGCCCACACUCUUCGCCGGAAAUUAACCCUCACCUCCGCUCCGGCCGCUUCUUCAUCUUCUCCUCCAUCUCCAUCAUCUCCAUCUCAUCCUACGUCCUCACCACCGCCUCCGCCAUCACCUUCCCCUUCCUCUUCACGUCCUCCCGGUGGUUCCAAACGUCAAAUCCGUUAUUUGGAGAACCUCCUUCGCGUUUACGUAGGGGAAAUCCAACGGUUACAAGAACGGGAAUUAGAUUUGGCCGAAUUGGAUAGCGAAGACUCUUCGUACCUCCAAGAAAGUCGUCUCAAGAGGAGGAUGAUCCGCAUCUUCCGACGCCUUUGCGAGUUGAAACGGUGCAGCAGUUUAACCGGACGCGUCAUCGAACAACGCAUUCCCUAUCGCGGCACUCGGUAUCCCGAAGUCAACCGUCGCAUCGAACGUUUCAUUAACCGCCCGGAAGCUUUUCCCGAUUACGCCGAUAUCCUCAAAGUCAUCCAAAAAGCGAGCGUUCGCCAUAGCUUAGGAUUGGCCCAAAAGCAGAUGGAGAAUAUGGCGCAGGACGCUUUCCGCGAGGUGGGAAACCGCCUGCAGGAACGGAGGCACCUGGAUUUGGUCUAUAACUUCGGCAGUCAUUUGACGGAUCAGUAUCGGCCCGGGACGGAUCCGGCGUUGAUGGACGCGGCGUUGGCCAAACGCCUUCGUAAGAACCGAACGGUGGCUCUGACGCGUUUGGACGACGUUAUUUCUCACUACGCCAAACUGCAGGACGAGGGCGAAGAGCAGGAGCGGCGGCGGAAGCAAACGGCGCGUCAGGAACCCCUCCGGAACGCGGGACGGAGGGAACAUCAGGAGGAAGAGGAAGAGGAAGAGGAGGAUUCGGAAGAGGAAGAGGAGGAGGAAGAGGAAGAGGAGGAGGAAGGUUCUUCCGAUGGAAGUGGUGGGAAAGGCCACGAGGAAGAAGAAGAGGAGGAAGAAGAGGAGGAGGAAGAAGAAGAGGAGGAGGAAGGGAGCGAAGCGGCGCCGGCACAGGGCGCGCCCCCCCCCGCGGACUCGGAGCUCUUUGUGUUGGAGAUUGAGGCAGCGCUGGAGGCGGGUGAGACCCCCCCCUCAUCUCCGGGGGGGUCGGAGGCCACCCCCAAAGCGGCCCCCCCUUCACCACCACCCCCCCCCGCCCCCCCCUCACCUGGGGGUCCCCCUUCCCCCGUUUCUUCCCGGACUUUACCCGAUGGAGACCCCCCCUCACCACCACCACCGUUGGGGGGGUUGGGGGGGGCGAGGGGGGGGGCGGCACCACCAUCAGCUCCACCAGCUUCAACGGCACCGCCGAAGUCGGGGGGGGACGGGGGGACCACGACGACGAUGACGAUGACAACAACCUCGCGCCCCCCCGGAAACGGAGCCGGAGGGAGACGGCGGGGGGGGGCAGCAAAGUGCACAGCGCAGGGUCGGAGGAAGAGGAGGAGGAAGAGGAUGCGGAUGGGGGGGGGUCGCACGGGGGGGUCCCCCUGGGGCUGCGCCCCCCCCCCCCGGCACAGCCCCCUCCCCGACUCCACUCGCGCCGAUUCCCCCGGGGGGGACCUCGUCAGCAGCUCCCAGGGCAGCCCCCGGCGCCCCCCCCGCGCCCAGAAAACCAGCGUGGCGACGCAGUGCGACCCCGUGGAGAUCAUUGUGCUCUCCGACUCGGAGUGACCCCCCCCGCACUGGCCACCCCCACCUUGUGGCUAGCCACGCCCUCCCCGGGAUAGCCACGCCCCCCUCGGGCUAGCC